AUUCCUUUUUUCUUCGAGAGAAACGCGACGGUUUGUUACUUAUCACUAUGCAAAACUUAUAACUGGGUAUGAAAAGCCGUUAUCAUUUGAACGUUUCGUGGCUUGUGUUAUAAUUAAUCAAUUCAACUAAGAAGUGUUGCUACUUUAUAAACUAUAACGUUACAGUGUGGACUUCAUGGUUUCGCGGCCCGGUCUCAAACGUAUGCGAGUCGGUUUUCACUCGGGAGAGAAGGCAGAGAGCUUUUUCAUUUGUUGGGAAAAUUUGAGCGCUGUUUACUUUUGGUAUUUUGUGGAAAGUACUGGCCUUAAACUAUUCAUUGAUGGUCUGCAGUAGAACCUGAGGCGGCGGGCCAAACCAUAGCCCAACAUCAUGACAGAGAGUUUCCGCAACAUCGAGGAUGAGGCUUUCCCCAGUUUCCUGUCUACCUCUGUGGGCAGCGGCCGUGCAACCCUGGGGGACGUCACCCUGGCCUCCACCCUGGGGCUGCCCGUAGCUGCCUCCACCGUGGCUAAAAUUAGAGCUGGGGCCGACAACAGAGUAAAUUCUAUCCAGGCGUCGUAUGUGGAGAACGGUCGGCUCUCUCUGGCUAACUCGCAGUCUAACGAGGAGCAGGGUAAAUUUGCCCUCAGCUUCACAGAUGAUCUGGAUGAUGCAGAUGACUUCAUAGCAGCGCACCGGUUCUCAGACAUGCUGGUGAAGGUGAAUCUGGACGAGACAGAGCCCAGGACUAGAGCCUCCUCCCUCGGCCCCAACACACAGACUGGACCUCUCCCUGGAAGACACUCUGAACAUGGAGAUGAUCUCUCUACGGGGUUGCUGACCUUCACCCACCUGGGAAAUGGGGAUGUUAUGGAUCUAAAGGUCCAAUCCCUCCAAGGCUCCGUAGAGGACCAGAGUCUGGCCAGUGAGGGAGCCGACAGCGACCACUUCAGUGGGAGUGUCUCCAGCUUCCUGGCCAAUGAGAAGCUCAUGUCUGUGGACAGCAUGAACAGUGAUGUCACAGAUGACGACAUGGACGUGAACGACCUGCAGGAUGAAGAACUGGACCUGUACUUUAACAAGCUGGUUAGCCCUGCCAUGCAGAGAGGACGGGUGGAGGGACAGGAGAUACCUGUUGCUGACCAGCCAGCAAACCAAGACUAUUCAUCUCAGCCCAGUUCCACAGAACCACAGAAGAACAGAUACCAGUUCCUGGAUGACUAUGAUCAGGAUUUCCAGAUGCCUGACGUGCGGCUGGCUGCUACAGGGAUGGACUCGUGUCCUGGUAGUGAUGAGGAGGAUACUGAGGAUGAACUGGAGGCAGCUAGGAGACACAGCAGUUCUACCAGACACAGACUACUGCUGCCCAGCACCACCCGACAGCUGGUGGGAGAGAGCAACCGCCCCAGCUUCAGACCUGGGCUGGAGGGAGGCAGCUCUGACGAAGAAGCUUACUCUGGUCGUAACCCUCCUCCUCUAACUGGGAUAGAACACAGACACUCUGCAGAGGGCCAAGUCAUCAACACUGUAACAGGAGGAGGAGGAGGGGGUGAUGGGAGCAGUGGGAGUGAGGAGGGAGGGAACGAUGGAGUGUCUUCUCUUCCCCUCUCCACCUCCUCGGCCCAGACCACCUACGAUGUGCUGCGGGGGCUGGGGAUCCUGGGGGGCAGCGUGAUGGGAGAGAAUGCCCAGGACCCUCACUCUCUACUGGGGCUGAGCCGGGGCAGCCUGAUGGGGGACCGUGUGGGGCCGGUGGGGACAGGAGAGAACAGCUCUGGAUCCCAGAGGAUGUCUCCUGUCAACUGGAGUAUGUCCUUAGACAGACAGGAGGCGCUGGAUGCCAUGGACAGUACAGAGUCUGCAGUGGCAGGGGAGGGUCAGGGUGUCUUGGAUUCUAUAUACCUGAGGACUGGUGCUGGACACUGGAGACCCCAGGACAUGACCAACACCUCUCACUUCCAGACCACACAGAGCAGCUUCCACCUCUCUCAGGUGCUGCCUCCGCAUUGUGAUGAGGAGGAGGAGGAGGAGGAGGAGGAGGAGGGGAGGCCUGCUGCCUUGGGGCUAAGACGAGGUCCAUGUGGGGACUCCUCUGCACCUCCUGGUCCUCCUGGCCUGUCAGACAGGAGUCAGGGUGAGGAGGGUCCUCUCUCCACCUCUCUGGAGGCUAAGUACCUCUCCCAGAGCUUCCACCAGGAGGACUCGUCUCACUCUGACAGCGACUGGAACCACUGCCGUGAUAACCUGGAGAUCCAAUCAGCCUCUCACAGUGGUGUGGUCUACCAGAAUGAGGAGGGGAAGUGGGUGACUGAUCUGGCUUACUACUCCUCCUUUGAGAAGGAGGUGGAUGGAAACCAGCUGUCUGAGGAGGUAGCAGACCUGUUCCAGGGUGAGGACUUUGUUCCAGGCGGUAACGCCAUAGAGAAGAUCAUAGAAGACCAGAAGGAGUUUGAGAAGGAGAACCAGUUCAUGCAGGAGGAGGUGAUGGAGCCUGCCUCCACCAGUCCAGGUCUCCUAGCUGACUCCUCCUGGAGACUCCCAGCCAGCAGCCACAUCCUAAUGAGGGCCAGCCAGGUGUCCCAGGAGCUGGAUAGAGGGAAUCAGAGCUACCUCCGUCUGUCUCUGGGGACCUUCUUCCAGCAGCGCUCCGAGGCCCUGGGCUGUCUUGGGGACGACAGGGAGGACGAUGCAGUCAAACGGCCGUCGUUUGGUUAUGUCAUCACCUCUCCAGAGAAGAGGGAACCGUUUCCUCUGAUUCGACCAUCAGACUUCCUCUCUCAGGACAGCUCAGUCCACAACGACACCCUCCCACUCACUGACCACGACCACACCAUGAACACAGAGGACUUGGACAAGACUUUGGAGGCAGCUCCAGACAGGGUGUCACCUAAAGGAGAUGAAGAGCCAGAGCCUUGUGAAUCAGCCUCCCCCCUCCCUGAGGCCCUUCCCUCAGCCUCCCCCCUCCCUGAGGCCCUUCCCUCAGCCUCCCCCGGCUGCAGCCAUAACAACAGCAGCAGCACAGACCAGUCUAACCUCAUGUUGUCUAUCAGCACCAUUGCCACGGCCAUGGCAGACGCCUCCAUCUCCUCAGACCCCUCCCAGCUGGCUGCCAUGAUCAUGGCGCUGUCCAAGAGGAGUAGGGUAAAGAGGCAACACCAGAAUGGUCUGCCCGGUCCAGCCCCAGCCUCUGCCCUGGAAGAACAAACAUUCAGCCCUAACCAGGUUCAACUGGACCAGAGCACACUGCUGGAGACACUACAGAGGAGCCAGUGUGCCGGGGACCUAAGUGCCUUCGACGUCGAAAAGUACCUGAAGCAGACAGAGGUAUCCACCAGCAGCGACAGCGACCAGUCAGGCUCCUCCCACUGCACCUUUGACCUCCUCAGCUGGGCCGACAGCCUCAACUCCUCCCACAGGAAGUCCCAGGCCGCAUCACUUCUUGUCACCGUGGAGAACGGGAGCUCGGGUUAUCAACACCAGGCUAGCACCAAGGGCGAUAUCUCCUCUUCCUCUGGCCUUGCUGCUACUGCUGAGGCCCGUCCAGUCUAUGCUGGGAUACAUCCAGGUUCUGGCCAGAGUGGAGCAGGCCCAGCUCCAGCUAACAAGACAGAGGUGAGGAGGAGUUCCAUCCCCCGUCCCAGGGCCAGCUCAAUCUCUACAGCCUCUGGUAACCCAGGGAGGAGGUCCAUGGGCUCUGGUCAGUUCUCCUCAACCACCUCCUCUACAGCCAAACCAGCUGCUCACAGGAAGGCUGCAGGGAGGAAAAGUGACCCCCAGCCAGCUGGUGUACUGAGCAGGAGCAGCACGGAGAGUGGUGGGGCUGAUCUGGGAGCAGUCUGUCCAACACCCAACAACACCCCAGCCCAGAAGGUAGAGGACCGCUCCCCAGCUCCUGCCCCAGGCCCCAAGACCUCCCCUGGCCUGAGGAAGGGGAGCUCAGGGCCGCCCUCCCUCAGAGGCACCACACACGGUACAGGGAGCAGUACAGCCCAGCAGGAGAAACCCAGCGGCCUGGAGAAGGGUCUUGGAGCAGCUCCUCACAGCGCUGUGGCGAAACAUGUUGGUUUUACUUCAGCCGGUCACAGCCCCCAGCCUCCUUCUGCACACAGGACAUACGAUGUGUCUCCAGGCACUCCUGUGCAGCAUGCCGGAGGACCAGAGCAGAGCCAGCUUACCUUCAGACCCUCCACCUCUCCUCUCACCCACUCCUCCCCCUCACAGACCUCCUUCCCCAGCCAAGAAGGGGCUGUGUCGCCCCCCUCCUCCAGGAGACCCCCCAGUGAUCUCACUCCCCCCCAGUCUCUGUCCCAGUCUGAGUGGAGCUGUUCCAGUCCAAGCCUCAGCAGACUGACAUACGUCUCUCUGAACGACAGCACAGCUCUCAACAGCACCAGCAUCCCAACUCCUGACAGACACAAGAGUAAUGGCACCAUGGCGCUGAGCACCACGAUCAUCAGGGCCAGUCCCACCCCGCCAGUAGAACGGGCCGAUACCCAAAGUCAUACAGGUCAGGACAUACCUCCUCACCGCUCGACAGACGUCCUCUGUCCUCCUAGAGGCCUAUCCUCUCCUCACUGUCACCAGUCCAAGAGCCCAGUCUCUCCUCAACACUCUACCAGUCCUCGUAGUUCGGUAGACCUGCGGAGUGGUUCCGGUCUGGGCUGUACAUGCAGCCAGAGUGAGUGUAACUUCCGCUGUGGGAACAACAGGGACUACAACCAGCAGAAACGCUACUCCGAACCCAGCUCCCACCACCUCACCAAGGUGGACUCUGGCUACUCCAGCAACCUGAACAUCCAGCAGCCAAGCGGGAUGGGUUUGGGGGGCCAGGGGAACCAGCAGUGGUCCGGUGUCUUAGCCCAGGGGAGUGAGGUCUAUCCUGGGGCCGGGACGGGCUUCGGCCUGCCUUCCUCGGAGGACCUGUGCUACAUGCCCAUCUCCAGCUUCAAGCCCCAGGGCUCCAGGGUGGACCUGCCUCCAGGGGUCCCCACCCUCCUGACGGGGCGCUCCCUCUUCAACUCCCAGCUGGCGCAGCAGAACCUGGGCUCAGAUGGAGCUCUACAUCCUGGUCCCUACCGCCACAUGGCAGCAGCAGGGAACGGCCCGUAUGGUCACGCUGUGUCCUCAGGGUUAGGACCCAAUGUUGACCCCUCGGUCAGACACCUCCAUAGCUCUGGGGGUUUGUACCCAGGCCAGCUCCACUGCUCCAACCCCCACCACAAACCCUUGGGAGGGAACCCCUACAACCAGCACUGUGUAGCCUCAUGGUCUAACGGCAGCCUUCCUGAACUCACAGCCCAGGUAGUGAUGCCUGAGGAGCUGAGGUUCCCCCAUGCCUGCUGUGUGGGCAUCUCCUCUCAGACCUCCCUGGGCAUCUUCAACCCCUCUGAGCGCUGGCAGCAGGUCUCCAUCACCGUCACCAGCCUGGCCAUCGACGGAGAGAAGGUUGAUUCAUUCCCGUACCAGUGGCUGAUAGUGAAGAACAAGACUAUCAUCGGCCCUAAGAGCACGGAGGAGCAGAAGGUGUUGUUCAUCCCACCCCAGGCCGGGCUGUACCAGGCUGUCCUCAGUGUGUCCUCCUGGCCUGCCUCCGCUGAGGCUGAGGCUGUCGCCCGCGCAGAGGUGUUCGCCAAGAGGGUGGUCCUCGUCGCCAUGGCAGAGGACCCUGCUCUGGAGGUGGAUGUAGGGAAGUGUGGCAGUCUGGACUUUGGAGACCUGGCAGGUGGCAGUGCCAAAGCUCUCCCUCUGAACCUGCUGAACAGGACUCAGGCUACCGUACCUAUUAGACUGGUUAUCAGUGCUAAUGCCACGGCUUGGCGCUGCUUCACUUUCUCCAAGAGUCCCGUUGCCAUGACAGCUGAGGGCGUGCUGCAGGCGGGGACUGUGACCUCACUGGCCGCUCCGUCCGUCAUUAACCAUGUGAUGCACGCCAGCUACGGAGAUAAUCCAGAGAGCUUCAUGGUUUGGGUUCACUUCCACGCGCCGCAGAAAUACCAGCCCUGUUCAGGUGAUCUAGGUCCAGCUGAUGAGUACAGUGCGCGGGUGGACAUCGAGGUGGACUGUCCAGGGCCCAGUCAUGUGAUCAGGAGCGUCCCCCUCAGAGCCAGGUCUGGAAUAGCCAGAGUACACGCCCCCAAAGACCUACAGACUGUUAACCUCUCGGCACCGUUUGGUCAGUCCAGCAAGCAGACUCUGCCUCUGAAGAACGCAGGCAACAUCGAUGUCCAGCUGAAACUCAAAAACAGCGGUGGUGAUGACUGUUUCUGUGUGAGUCCUGAUGAGCUGUGUCUGCGUGCCGGGGAGGAGCAAGGCAUUGUGGUCACGUUCACGUCUCAGGGCGACAGGAAGAACAGAGAGAGUGUUCUGACCAUCCUGGUGCUGCCCUCUGGUCCUCAGUAUGAGGUGGUGCUGAAGGGACAGGUGGUACCAGAGGAGAGGGGUAAACCAGCUGCCCCUGGUCCUGCCUCUGCCCUGGGCAUGCUGCCCCCCAGCGAGGUUCCCCCCAUCCUCUCCAACAAGCAGUUCAUGGCCUGGGGAGGGGUCACCCUGGGCAGGGCUGUACAACAGAAGCUGGUUCUUCGUAAUAAUUCCCCCAACACAACACACCAACUGCGCCUGCUGAUCCGAGGACAAGAUCACAACUGUUUCCAGCUCCAGAGUAGCUUUGGACUAGAGGAAAGGUUGACCCGGCACAGAGAGCUGUCCAUCCGGCCCAGGGAGGAUGUUGUGGUCCACCUGCUGUUUGCCCCCACCCGGGUGGCCUGCACCCUGGCCAAGCUGGAGAUCAAACAGUCUGGAGUACGACCCUCACAACCUGGCAUCAAGUUCACUAUCCCACUAUCAGGCUAUGGAGGGACCAGUAGCAUUAUUCUGGAAGACACCAGGAAGCGUUCAGAUGGCUACGUGGCUAUGCUAAUGGGUGUUGCAGCAGGCCAGGUGUCCAAGCUGUGUGUGUGUGUGAGGAACACUGGUUCCAGGGCUGCCUUCAUUAAGGCUGUUCCCUACUCUGACCUUCAGACACGCUCUGUCAUGGACUCAUCUGUCAUCAGCCUCUCUCCAUCUCAGUUAGUACUGAAGGAGAGGACACAGGAGGUGAUCACGGUUCUGAUGAAGGUGACCCAUAGAGAGCAGACUCUGUGUCAGUCAGCUAAUGCCCUCCUGGCCACAGUCUGUCUCUUCUGUGGAGACGAGGUCUCACGACAACAGUUCAGGAGGUUGCUGCUGUCGAAGCCCGAGGCAGGCAGGAAGAUUCUGUCGGAGAACAGUCUGCUGAAAGGACUCAACUUCAACGAGAGGUUCCUGGGGGAGGAGCAGGUCCUGGAGGCCUACGACCUUCCCCAGAGCCCCAACCAGGCCCAGUUGUUCUAUGGGAACCUGAGUAAGGUGGUGUUGUCAGUGCUGGGCAGCACAGAGACAUUGGACUCUGGAGAGAGUGACCACCAGGUCCACGUUCAGCCCCCCCUAGCUGUCACCAGGAGAGGCUCAGAGGCUGACAGUGGUUUUGGCAACUCAGACCGUCACAUCAGCAACGUGUCUCUGGAUGUACUGCCUGUGAAGGGUCCUCAAGGCCCAGCGUUACCCAGGACAGAGGCCUCUCGGAUGGGGACAGAACCAGGGGACCACAGGGACUCCUGGAGCCUCCAGCCUGAACAGCUGGUUCUCACCUCUCCCACUAUCAACGGAGUCGCCGAAACCAGACACGUCCAGAUCCAGAACCACUCAUCAUCCAGAGAGCUGAGCUUUGAGUUGUCCUGGCCAGCCCACUGUCUCACUGUUACCCCUCAGCAUGGAGUCAUAGAACCACAGUGCCACCUCCAGAUCCUCAUCAGUCCUAAUCCGUCCCUAGCAACCAGGUCUUCCACAUUGCCAUGGAGUGGACAGAUCUAUGUCCAGUGUGACAGCCAACAGAAGUUCAUCAGAAUCCAGAUCCGUCAGGACCUAGCUCUGGAUGUAUCAACCGCCCCAGCAGACCGGUCCCUAGCCCCCCUUCCCCCCCAGACUGCUACCCCCAUGCCCACCACCAUGCUGCCCCCUGCAGGCCGACCCCCCCAGACCCUGACCAGGGCAGCUCCAGCCACGGUGGAGAUCAGUAACCGCACCAUCAUGUUUCCUGCCACGCCCUCAGGAGACACCUCAGAGUCCUCUGUGGAGGUGGAGAAUAGAGGAGAACAGGUGAGGUGGUACCUGUCAUCCUUCGCCCCUCCCUAUGUAAAGGGGGUGGACAGCAGUGGGGACGUUUACCGGGCCACCUACACAGCCUUCAGAUGUCCCAGAGUCUCUGGAACCCUGGGAGCACACGACAAGAUGCAGGUGCCCAUCACCUUCCUGCCGAGGGACCGAGGGGACUAUGCUCAGUUCUGGGACCUGGAGUGUCACCCUGUGGCCGAGCCUCAGCACAAGACCAGGAUACGCUUCCAGCUCUGUGGCACUGGUGUUAAGGUUGGUCCAGUGGAGGCUCCUCAGGAAGCAGACUGUUCUUUGGUGAAGACUGAUGCCACCUUCAAGACCAGGAUGAGACCUGACCCUGUUCUUGCUGCUGCUGGGGGCAGGACUGGUCAGGAAGAGGCUCUUGGUAGGGGUGUUUACGCCCCCCAGGUCCUCUACUCCUUCCCCCCUACCAGGGUGGGGGAGACCAGCACGCUGAAGGUCAACAUGAGAAACAACUCCUUUGACACGCAUGGGCUGAGGUUCCUAAGCCCUAGAGAGCCUUUCCACAUCAAGCAUUCCAAAUAUUCACUAAGAUCCCAACGCUACAUCCACCUCCCAGUCCAGUUCAAACCGGUUGUAACUGGCAACCAUUCCAGCCUGCUGUUGGUUCAGAUGGAUACCAGUGGAAGCCUCACUAUCCAGCUAACUGGUGAGGCCCUACCCUGACUGGCCUGAGGACUGCUGGGUCUGAGUGGGUCACUGCAUCUGUAGUAUGGACUAUACUGGAUCCCUGCUGAAGGUCAUAUGGAAGAAUGAACUAUGAAGCCUUUGUCCAAUACGGCACCCUAAUCCCAUUAUGGUGUACUAUUUUUGGCCAAAGCCUUAGGAAAUAGGGUGCCAUUUCAGAUGAACCCUAAGUCUUCCUCCUCCUGCCUUAUUGACUGUCCAUAUUGACUGGAGCUGAUAAACUGCAUCUGACUGAGCUGAUGGUGAAUACUGCCGACCGACUUACCGCACUUUGUUCUCUCUAACCGCACUUGUACUCACUCACUCACUCACUCACUCACACACACACACACACACAGCUGGCCUGGUCCACAGGUGUCCUGGACUCUGACUGGCAGCUGAACAGUGGCUCUGUUUGUUACCAGCUUGAAUCAGUGGUUUAGUCUGGCCGGCCCACAAUCAGCCUGUCUCUUCUGGCCUCAGCUCAUGAUCUGUCUCUUCUGGCCUCAGCUCAUGAUCGGUCUCUUCUAGCCUCAGCUCAUGAUCUGUCUCUUCUGGCCUCAGCUCAUGAUCGGUCUCUUCUGGCCUCAGCUCAUGAUCUGCCUCUUCUGGCCUCAGCUCAUGAUCGGUUUCUUCUGGCCUCAGCUCAUGAUCUGUCUCUUCUGGCCUCAGCUCAUGAUCGGUCUCUUCUGGCCUCAGCUCAUGAUCGGUCUCUUCUGGCCUCAGCUCAUGAUCUGCCUCUUCUGGCCUCAGCUCAUGAUCUGCCUCUUCUGGCCUCAGCUCAUGAUCAGUUUCUUCUGGCCUCAGCUCAUGAUCGGUCUCUUCUGGCGUCAGCUCAUGAUCUGUAAUUUGUCUAAUGUUGUUGUCACAAGCAGGCCAUUGUUGCCCUGUUAUGUAGCAGCGAGCAGCACAGAAACACAAACAGCUGAGAAACGUUAGGGAUUACCCUGGUGUAGUUUCACUGGAAUGUUUUAGUCUGCUGGGGUUAUGGCUGCAGGAACUGUGGUGUGUAAAGUCACUGUUUCUUUGUGCCCAUGUCGCAAAAGCCUUAGGAAAUAGGCUUGCCUUGAAACAGAACGUUGCCCUUCCAGCACUGAAAAUUAUCUCUUCAAUGUGGGUUGAGAAAAUACACGUUCAUGAGCUAAUUCCUCUAAUUAGAAUCCAGUGAAAUAUGUUCCAGUGGUGCCAAUGGGUCCUAACCUGAGUGCCAGUCUGUCUGUGUUAUCAUGCCAACUGUCACUCAUUGUCAUGACAAACAAUGAGCAAUGGAGUUGGCAAGAACACAAACAGAACAGAUGUGGGACGAAGCUAAAUGAGUCAUGCUAUUUUGUUUUCAGUUAGGUGUCAUUUGGGAUGCGUCCAUGGUAACGCAGCUAGUCAGAACAGUCCCCACCUGGAUGGCAGCAGCCUGUCUGCUGUCAGAGACAUGUGUUCCAUUCCUGGUCCGGGCAACAUCCCAACGUCUCAUUGUUCUAUUCCUGGUCCGGGCAACAUCCCAACGUCUCAUUGUUCCGUUCCUGGUCCGGGCAACAUCCCAACGUCUCAUUGUUCCGUUCCUGGUCCGGGCAACAUCCCAACGUCUCAUUGUUCCGUUCCUGGUCCGGGCAACAUCCCAACGUCUCAUUUGUUCCAGAUGCACUUAAUAAAGUGAGGAGGAAGGAUGUGAUUACAUGUUAAACCCUCUCCCAGUGGGAAGCGUAGCGUGGUGGUCUGGGCAGCUUGAUGUGGUUACCAUGGUGAGGUGGUGGGGUAGAUGGGUAAUGAGUAACGUUGGUUCCACCAGGCCUGGUCCAGUCAGAGGCUGCAUCCCAAAUGGCACCCUAUAUAGUGCACUACAUUUGACCAGAGCCACAUAGGGAACAGGGUGCCAUUUGGGAUGUAGCCAGAGACCAUUGCAGCUCCAUUUCCUCUCCACUGGGGUUCUGCAUGGGGCUGGCAGACAGACAACAUUUUUGUCAUGGCUGAUGUCAUGUGACAGGGCCGAUAUGGGGUUUUGGUCAGUUGACCUGUUCAUGAACUUUAAAAGUAAGCUCAGUGCUUGGACAGGCGGAAGUGGUUUUCCACGAUCAACACAAUCAUUGUUCCAUAAAGUUUGAACUUUGUUUUUGUAUUAGAAAUUGCACACGCUUUAAAAAGCACAUUGUUUAUAUUUGAUCUAUGUUUUUUUUUAAAUGACCUUGAUAAAAUAAAGAUUUGUCAAACAUUUCGCUCUCCCGAAGGAGUGAAGUUUUUAGGUUUUGCAAUGUAAUAUUAAAUAACUGGACUAACAAAGAUGCAUAUUUCUAUUUAAAAUGCAUUCUGAGACAUUGUGUUUUAGCUAAAAUGUCAAACGAAAUGCACCUAAUCAUACAUUAACGAAAUGCACCCCAUCAUACAUUAACGAAAUGCACCCCAUCAUACAUUAA